CAGUCACACUUCAAUUUGUCGGCCAUUUUGUUUGACUAUGUUUUAAAAACUUAAUUCCAGUAAAUCAGUUUUUAAGUUAAAUUCUAUGAAGUACGGUUAUUUAUUAUUGUAGAACACAUUUAUCGAGUGUAAAUUGUCGGAAUGAGUCUAAUUGAGGAUAGAGCGGCAGCCAAGGAACUCGAUCAAUGGAUUGAACAGUUGAACGACUGCAAACAACUCUCAGAAAAUCAAGUUAAAACGUUAUGCGAAAAGGCAAAAGAAAUUCUGUCAAAGGAGUCCAAUGUUCAGGAGGUGAAAUGCCCCGUCACAGUUUGUGGAGAUGUUCACGGACAGUUUCAUGAUUUGAUGGAAUUGUUCAAAAUUGGUGGAAAAUCCCCUGACACAAAUUACUUGUUUAUGGGUGAUUACGUGGAUAGAGGAUAUUAUUCAGUAGAAACUGUUUCACUUUUAGUUGCUUUAAAAGUUAGAUUUAAAGAUAGAAUAACAAUUCUGCGAGGAAACCAUGAAAGUCGCCAAAUCACACAAGUGUAUGGUUUUUAUGAUGAGUGCUUGAGGAAAUAUGGCAAUGCAAAUGUAUGGAAAUAUUUCACAGAUCUGUUUGAUUAUUUACCACUAACAGCUCUAGUUGAUGGCCAGAUUUUCUGUUUACAUGGAGGACUAUCCCCUUCUAUAGACACACUAGAUCAUAUUAGGGCUUUGGACAGAAUACAGGAGGUUCCUCAUGAGGGUCCUAUGUGUGAUCUGCUUUGGUCCGACCCAGACGACCGUGGGGGCUGGGGAAUCUCUCCCCGGGGGGCUGGCUACACAUUCGGACAGGAUAUAUCGGAAACAUUCAAUCAUAGCAAUGCUCUCACUCUUGUAUCAAGGGCCCACCAACUCGUCAUGGAAGGCUACAAUUGGUGCCAUGACAGAAAUGUAGUGACCAUAUUCAGUGCACCAAAUUACUGCUACCGAUGUGGAAAUCAAGCUGCUAUAAUGGAAUUAGACGAUUCUCUUAAAUAUUCUUUCUUGCAGUUUGACCCAGCACCAAGGAGAGGGGAGCCCCACGUGACCAGACGUACCCCCGACUACUUCUUAUAAUGAUUGGACUAACCCUGUGGUCUGUGUAGUAGUAUUAAGAUGUCUGUUCUGUGGUGCAGUUCUGUUACCCAAAGAUGUGAGGGGAAAAAUCGCUCUACCUUAUGUUGUACAGUUGUCAAUGUCAACAUUUUAUUGUUCUUAUUGCAGAAUUAUUUGUACAAAGUAACUCUAUGUAUUCAUAUCUAAUGCUAAGAUACACCUCUUUGUUAUUGCUAAUGAUGAAUUUGGAAUUUUUUUUCUUUUUAAAUAUAUAUAUAUAUAUGUUGCAGUUUUGCUGACUAGAAAUUUGUGCAAUGCUAAUAUUGAUUUUGUUUUCAUCUUUUUUUUAAUUCUAAAUUUUGUGGCAAGGAGUUUUGUGUAGUUGCAGCCAUUGUCAAGGAUUUCAUGCACUUGGUAAAAUUGAUCAAAUGACGAGAGUGACUAGCUUGGUAGCUUGCACUGAGACGCAUCCCAUUGUAAGGCAAUAAACAUUACAAACAGUGUCUGUGAUACAACGAGAUUCAAAUCAACUCUUCAGAUAAUAGUGCACAAUGAGAUUUAGUAAUUAAUCGUAGGAAGGGAUUUUUUCCUUUUGCUUUUUAUACUUUGCAAGGAGUCGCAUCUGUGUUCAAUGUUGGACAAUGAUAUAGGAAAUUUAGAGUUGACACAUAAAAUUAGGUAAAUAUUUUACUUUUUUAUUCACAUGUAGUAUAUUUUAAGUUACCAAACCUGAAUUCAGCAUACUUGGUACAAAUAAAUCUCAUUGGUUUUCUUAUUGUGUAAUUUAUUUCUCUAACUCAUCCUUAAAAGUGACAUUGCAUGAUCCGUCUUCUGUGUUGUUAAGUUGCGUAGGGGAGAGUUGGGGUAUGUUAGGAACAGUCUGUGUUGGCCGCGCGAUCUUCCUUCAUGUUCAUAGCUUAUUUAGAGGACAGCAUGGAAAUAAAUCUGUGACGAGUUAAUUUGUAAAAGCACAAAAAAUUCACAAAAAAUGUUAAUUUAUAAACUAAGAUACAAGCCAUCAGAGAAUAAAAGAUGAAAUAAA